AUGUAUUCCCGCGAUGGUUACACUUGGACGCCGACGUCUGGCCUGAAAGCUGGCGUUCCCUCCAUUGGCGUUAUAACACCCUCCACGAACAUUUCGAACACUGACAACCUUUACGAUGUCAUUGUCGUCGGCGCUGGCUACUGCGGCCUCACAGCCGCCCGCAACGCUGCAGUCGAAGGAUUGAAUGUGCUGCUACUCGAAGGUCGGGAUCGCAUUGGCGGCCGAUCAUGGUCAUCGAACAUCGAAGGUUAUCCAUUCGAAAUGGGAGGCACAUGGGUGCAUUGGGGCCAGUCGAACACUUGGAGGGAGAUCGUAAGGUAUCGGAUGAUGAAUGACGUGGAGAAGUCGUUUGACUUCUCACAUGGUGUUGAUCACUACGAAUUGAACGUUGGGUCUCAAGGCUCUACUAUGAGCCAUGAAAAGGAGGAUGAGCUUCUUACCUCGGCGCUAAACAAGUUCACCAACAUCGAUGAAGCUCAUGGAAGAAAUGUAAUGCCUCUACCAUACGAUACAUUUCACGUCCCCACUGCAAUCCAACUCGACGAUCUCUCCGCUCAAGACCGCAUCGAUGAGAUCGCGCCAUCGCUAUCCCCCCAGGAGCGCGCAGCCAUCGAAUCUUUUAUCCUAUUAUGCAGUGGAGCCACUCUUGCGACUACGAGUUUUCUGGAAUUCAUGCAUUGGUGGGCUAUAUGCGGCUAUUCCUACGCAGGCUGCAUGGACAUGCUGAUCACCUGGAAGUUCAAAGGCGGACAAUCAAGCUUCGCAAUCAAAUUCUUCGAGGAAGCGCUCCUGACCAAGCGUCUCGCGUACGCUUUCAGAAGCCCAGUCGAGCACAUCAAGGACACAGGCCUCAAAGUCGAAGUCACGACACGCGAUGGACGCCAGUACCACGCAGCGCGGUUGAUCUCAGCUUUGCCUUUGAACGUCUUAGGCGACGUGACUUUCGAGCCCACACUUAGUACUGGAAAAAGAGAGGCUAUUGCGAUAGGUCAUGUCAAUCAGACCGUCAAGGUCCAUGCAGAAGUUUCGAACAAAGAUCUCCGCUCCUGGACAGGCGUUACAUAUCCGCACAACGAGCUCAUGUAUGCCAUUGGGGAUGGCACAACACCCGCAGGCAACACACAUAUCGUAUGCUUUGGCGGCAGCAACAAACAUAUUAACCCUGAGGACGACAUCGACGCAACUAAGCGUGCAGUCACAAACAUGUUUGUGCAACAAAAAGACGAGCCUAAGAUUGAGAGACUAGUAUUCCACAACUGGUCGAAAGAUGAGUUCGCAAAGGGCGCGUGGUUCUUUUCAUCACCUGGGUUCCUUGCAAAACACCUGGAUCAUAUGCGUCAGAGGCAUGGGAAUGUGCUGUUUGCUAACUCGGAUUGGGCACUUGGCUGGAGGAGCUUUAUCGACGGUGCAAUCGAGGAAGGUACAAGGGUUGCUUUCGAAGUGCGGAGAGAGUUGACGGAGCUCCGCGAGGCAAAGACUAGACUAUAA